CCUUCUGCCGCCACGUGAUGUUAUGACUGACGUCCCUCUUGUUGUUUACAACAAGCUUUAUUGAUACCUGACAGGAUGACAGUGUCUCUGUGGGCGCAGUGUGCGGCUGCCGCUGCCGCUGCCGGGCAGGAGAUGGAGCUCUGUGCCCCGGGCAGCCGUUGUGAGGUCUCCACAAUGCCAGAAGUGAAGUCUAUGUUUCGGGAGGUGCUGCCUAAGCAAGGACAGCUCUGCGUUGAAGACGUUCCAACCAUGGUGUUGUGCAAACCAAAGUUACUACCCCUGAAGUCGGUGACUCUCACCAAGCUAGAAAAGAUGCAGCGCGAUGCCCAGGAGACCAUCCGACAGCAGGAAAUGGUCCAGAGUGACCCGAUUCACCCCCAGCCCUGACGGUUCCCACCCAGCACGUAUAGAUGUAGUCGCUGAGGCUCAUACUGUGCAAUGAGUAGACAUUCCUUUCCCUGUACAUUUCUAUAGCGUAUGUAAUGUGACAUAGCCCUUAGCUGCCUCAUGAGGUUUAUUUGAGUCGGCUUCUUCCUUACUGUAUGCCGUGUCGGAAUAAAUAAUGAAUAAAAAGUA